AUGCCCGAGUUAGCAAUUGUUCGAGGCUAUGAUAGCCAUGCGGAUACAGCCCCUGCGGUCAAUUUCAUAGUGGUGCCCGGCAUUGCGGGAGCCACAUUGGGCGACAAGACAUGUCCGCAUGUGGAUGACUUUCUCGCUACAAUGAUCACAAACUGCAAUAGCAGAGCACGAGGCUGGGUCUAUGACAACGACAUCGUACUCAAUACACUAGAGUCCUGGGACAAGUACUCGUCUAAUGGAUUCGACUUGCUACGACAAUUGCUUUGUAUGCAAGAUAAGCCAGGUUUUGCCCUGUUUGAAGCAUGGAACGAGGCACACAGGCCAGACCAGAAGCGUCUGCUCGACAAGAUCGAGACGGUCAUGAUGAUUGGCGAGCCAAUACUUGACCCUAGAAAGCGUGACCAGUGGAUCGGUUCCAUAUCCGAGUGUUUUGCCAAUAAAAGAACUCUGCCACCACACUUGGCCGAUGGAGCAACAGUCGGAUCUCUCCAUCGGAUUGCCAACGACUUCGAAGACAUCUACCUCAACUCAACUGUGGUCGACGUCGAUUCGACUGCCUUGAAACCGCGAACAAAGCUAUUCAAGAUCAAAAAGACAGAGCACGACGGCUGCAUUUGCCCAAAGACAGUCCAUGUACGCAUGUGGACAACUGCCAGCAAGGAGCAGCUGGUCGAGAAGGGCAUUGGCGACAUUUCGCAGUGUGGAUUUGAUCCAAGCAGUGCACACUAUCAAAGUCUCCUGAGCUUCAACUCAAAGUCCAUUCUGCCUACGAGUCCCACCGGAGACGAAGAAGUUAUGCACGCUAGAUCACCAGUUCCGAAGGAUGAAUACGGCCCAGUCACCCCCGGAUGUCGAGAUCAAUAUGGCGAAAGCCCGUCGAUACCAGUUAUGGCGCAAGGCUCAGGCGAGGUACAAGUCCAGGAAUGCGAGCAGGACGCAAGCAAUGUGUCUUUCGUCCAAAGCACGACUGAACUUAAGCAACCAAGUGAAAUAUGUCUCAUUUCUGCGAGAUCAUCGAAUGAUGACGCAGAAAAGCAUAUAGUCACCUCAGAGCCUGGAGAAAUGACUGCAGACUCUCCCGAAGAGAUUCGGCCAGUAGUCCUUUCCGCAGCCGACGACUCAACAAUAUCGCAGAACAGGGGCCGGCGAGAGCGGAGAUACAAAUUUUCAACGUGGCUUCCGCCCAGAGACAAGCACUUCACCGGGAGAAGCGACAUCCUACAGCAGAUCACAGAGCAGAUGCCCGCUAUAGUAAGCGAUGGAACAUCUAGCCGCCAACUUCAUCCGUCUUGUCCGAAAAGUGUGUGGCUUGAGGGACCUGGAGGCAUUGGAAAAACUAGCAUCGCCAUUGAGUUUGCUCAUCGCUCAGUGGAUCGAGUCUCGAACAUCAUUUAUUGUGAUGCAUCCUCUGCAGCUUUAUGGGGAAGCUCUUGCCAUGACUCUGCAGUUGCAUUGGGCCUGGUCGACGGAAGAACAUCUCAGAAUCACGAAACAAGCAGACAGAUGCUGAUGUCAUGGUUGGAAGCAUCAUCGGAAACGUGGAUGCUUAUUCUUGAUAAUGUCACCAACGACGCCGAUUUCAUUCGACGCUUGCCCAGCAGUGCUCAAGGUCUCAUCAUCGUCACUAGCAGGCUUCCGCCGCUUCAUUCUAUCGAGGCCCUUGCUCUGUGCAACAUACGAAUUCCAUCGUGGUCUCAAUUGGAGGCUGAGGAAUUCAUGUUUCGCGCUGCUCGGCGCAAGCAAAAAGAACUUGAUGUCGAAGAGCUGAGAGAAAGUGCUCGCCGGUGUCGUGGAGUCCCUCUUGUUUUGCGACAAGUCGCAAACUGGUAUCGAAGAGACCAGGUAUCCCUGAAGACAGUCAACCGUCUUUUGGCUUCGGCGGAAUCAAGAUUGCUUAUCGAGCACGGAGCCAACAAUAGCCUUUUCCUGACUGCCGCAAUCUCCAACUUGGAUGCCAGGCAGACACGACUUCUUGGCUCCCUGAGCUUCUUAAAGCCAGACAGAAUUUCAAAACGUCUUGCUGGUGUUUGCUCAUACUUACCUAAAGAUGAUGCGGGCUACGGAGAUAGUAUUGCAGCUACUUCGAGACAGCUAUGGAAACUUUCACUAUUGGAUAUGGACGAAACGGAAACCAAUUUUCGCAUGCACAGUUCUACACAAUCAAAGAUAAGGAGUGAUAUGGAUGAGACCGCUUGGAAUGAUCUAUUUCUGGCGGUUUCUGCCGGGUUGGAUAGCCAGUGGCCUUCGCAAAGGAAGUUCAAGAACAUCAUUCACGGAUUUUGGGACGAUUUCCAGUCUUUACACGAUCACACCCAUCACCUGGCUGAGUGUAUGAUCGAGAAAGGAGUCCAAAAUGUGGGAUCUCCUAUGAUCGAACCGAGCAUUGAGUUUGCCAGUCUUUUGCUCAAGCACACUUGGUACAACGGCCGCCGUGGGAAUGAGAAAGAAGACAAAACACUACAUAAUUUGGCCACCAUUCUAUGCCAUUGCCAGCCCAGUAAGCGCAGCAGCACCAAAGAGGUCUCAUUGCCUCGAAGGUGUCUAGAGAUACCGAAAACCCCUGAUAAGCCUAUUGUCUUGAGAGACACCGAAGGCACCUAUGGCACAUAUGUUGCCUGUAGCUUAUUAGGGCAAAAAUGCCACAGCGCAAUCCAGGAACUCUCAUCCAAGUCUAUACAGCACUACAGGGAAGGACUUGACGUUUCAAAACUGCCCGAGAACCUCCUCCAAGCGAUUCACAUUGCAAGGGGAAACAAUAUUCCCUACGUGUGGGUUGACCGACUCUGUAUCCGUCAGGAUGAUCCGAAAGAGUUGUCGGAAGAGGUACCGCGUCUUGUGGAGUAUUUCUCCAACUCCUCGAUCACAGUAUAUGACGCAAAAGACUCCAUUGUGAGUCCCAUGUUGACCUUUCAUUCAAAGCACCACAAACCAGCCACUCGAAACUGGCUUCGAGAACUCAUUGUUGCAGAAGUUGGUUCGGAGGCCGCAGAGAUUGAGACAGCAGCCCAACCCCUCGAGAAUCACAAGCUUGACGAGAUUUUACCUGGAAUAUCAUCAACCGAGGAGCAUGUACCUGAAAAGUCAGUCACCACAGAAUCAACCGAGAAGAUCCCUCGUUCAUCACCUGAACAAGAGGAUACGGUUCCGAGAAGAGAAAGUCCUAGGAGCAGUGUGAUGCCCAAGAACGAUACCAAUCACAUUAUCAAAGGCUGGGACCUGCUAGAAGACGGGAAGUCACAUCUAAUUGCGGGCUCUAUGAACGAGGCAGUUGGCUCGUUGACACUAUCACGAGACGCUUUUCGCAUCAAUGGUGCCCUCUCAUACGAUGAACUAGAUGGCUAUGCGAAUGCAUCGGCCUUGUUGAGCACCACGUUCCGUCUACUCAAGCUGGAUGCGGUCGCACUAGAUUUAGUCCGGAACGCCACAAGUCUGUGCGGAGAGUUCGUAGACCUUCAUACAUUUAAGCAUCACGGGUAUGGUCUUCUGCUUCUCAGUGAGGCUAUGGCUCUCUAUUCCUCGGCCCAAGUAGAGCAGGCCCAGGAACGACUGAAUGAAAGCCGAGCCAUAUUCGACUUCGUAGGCAAUGAACCUACCGAAUGGACAGCGUCAAUCGAUGUCCAACUAGCCAGUUGUCACGCCGCAUUAGGAGAAUACCGAGAGGCACAUGAGCUGCUUCAGUCAUCCAUGACAUACUUCCAAGCGCAGCCGAUGUCACCGGCAAUCGAAGGCCAUUUAGCUAGAAUUUUGUUUCGACAAAGUCAGCUAUACGAGAAGGAAAACAACAUCAUCAUGCACAGCGCUUUUACCGCCGCUGCGAGCUCGGCUUUCGCGAAACUCCGGCCGCUAUUCCGAGAGAAUUCUUCCCCGGCAAAUGGGUUAAACACCCAUAAAGAGCUCAGUGACACGGAUUUUGAUGCUUUGGUAGAACCAUGGUAUAGAUAG